AUGCCGGCGUCAAAGGGAACGAAUGCGGUGGUAUCGGGCGAGGUACCAUCGUAUCGCCGCCCUCGCCGCCGACCGGCCCAUCUACGCACCAAGACAGGUUGUCUAACUUGUCGUAAGCGAAAGAAAAAAUGCGACGAAACAGCGCAGACCUGCGGUAACUGUGCAAAACAAAGGCUAGAAUGCAUCUGGCAGCUCAACCGGCGACACAAUGCUUCCGGAAUCUUACCUGAUCGCAGCUUUCCCAAAGAGGCCCCGAACCUCUCUACCCUGGACGUGGUUGAUCCUAAGUUGGGUAUGAUGGGGACGUCUAUCAGCAAAAAUGCCCAACAGUCUGAUUCUCACUUGAUCUCUUUCACAUCACCACAACCAGUAUCGUGUUGGUCUCAGAUCGGCCAUAUCGACCUCAGCAUUGAACAAAAAUACUUUGUCACUUGUGGCCUUUCAUCUGCUCUUACACCUGGUAGUGCUCCAUUAUUCGACUUUCUCACGUCACGAUUCCUCCCGCAACUGAUUCGCCCUGCUGCAACUUCUCGCGUGAUUGAUUUGUUCAGUAGAGAAUCGAUGGCUAUGGCAAUGAAGACGCCAGCUUGCAUGCACGCGCUGCUUGCUUGCAGUGGUGCUGAAAUUCCUACAAAAACGUCUCGCUUUCGAAAUUUGGCAAAGUUUCAUUAUGCACGGGCUGUGAAUGAGCUCCGGAAUGAUCUGAAGGAAGAUAAUAUUAAGAAUGGCUGGUUGAGAUCCAAACCACGAGGCUCAACAGGUGUCGAAAUUCACCUGACUGGGGCAGCCCAACUUAUUCGGAUUGCCUCAGAAUAUUGCAAAAUCGACCACGAUAGCCCCGAAAUCGAACAAGCCAUGCAUCGGCUCGUCUACGAAGCUUUUAUCUUCCAUGUUGCAACAAGCCUUCCGUUCCAAUAUCAUACUUUGGACCACUGCCAAGUUAAUGCAGCCUUUGCAAUAGCAGAGACUAAUCUCGGAGGACAUUUUCAUUCUCCUUUAGCCUGUUACCCAGACUCCCCAGUGCUUGGGGCUCCGCCUCAACUUUUCCGAUGCAUCUAUACUAUCUAUCAUCUUUACCGAGAUAUUCCUCCCAACGACCUUGAUCUUGAAGUUUGUCAGAAGCUCGAGAAUGAUCUUUUGCGGUGGAGCCAAUCAGCAGCAGCAACAGCGCCCAGUGCCUAUGAUUAUGAUGGUUUGGAGAACAACGUUGAAAAGACUGACUCGGUAUCCUGGCGCCAAGCGGCAUGGAAAAGCCAAACCGCUGUGAUUGGGCCCCGACUCUACGUUUUGGGCUCUCGGAUUCUGCUUCAACGUAUGGUAUACAGUAACAUCAGCAAAGCUCAUUCAACGAUUGACGAGCUGAUUCAAGAAGCGAUGAGCACGGUGAAGCAGCUACAACCAGACAUUGACUAUUUUGCUGAAUACUACUGCUGGCCAUUCUAUGUUUUAGGAAUCAACCUGCAACAUUCUGUCGAUCGCCAGUGCCUGAUGGCUCAAAUCUGGGCCUUUCACGAAGCAACCAACAACGGCACAAUGAAACGACUAUCUGAGAUACUGAGCACUCAUUGGAAUAACUCUCAAUCCACCCUGCCUGGAUGA